UAUUAUAAUUACAUGCUUUAGUUUUAAUUUUAAAAAAUAUUGUAGAGUUAAAACAGUUGCUUGAAAGCAAUGGAGACACGGUCUCUACAAAAUACUUACUGGAGUCAGCUGCCUCUUUGGAAAUAUUUGGCAUUCUUGGCUUGGACUUCCUUUGUGCUAUUCCUUCAGCACAGGGAGCUGAGCCAAUGGGAUGGACUCAUGGGAUCCAUUUCACAGAAGGACUUGGGUAAAAACGGCACCGCCUCAUGGCCAAGUAUUCCUCCAGACGAGAUUGUGGCUUAUUCGCGGGGCUGGCAGAGAUACCAAUACAACGCCUGGCUGGCCGAGAGGAUUCCCCUGAGUCGCUCUCUUCCAGAUUUCAGGGAUAAACGCUGCCUGUACUAUACACACGAACAGAACUGGGAUGAAAUGAGACCAGCCAGCCUGGUUGUGAUCUUUCGGAAUGAGCAAUUGAUGGUUGUACUGCGAACUCUGCAUAGCUUGGUGGCCAGGACUCCGAGGCAUCUAUACCAUGAACUUAUUUUGGUGGAUGACCACAGUGAUGCCAGUUUCUGGUCAGAAGAGCUAUCGCUCUUUUUCUUCGACUCCUAUAUACGGAGGUAUCUCUACACCAACGCUAGAAUUUUUCACCUGCAGGAACCGGUGGGUCUGAUCAGAGCUCGGGUGUUUGCCGCUAGAGAGGCCAAGACGAACACCUUGGUCUUUGUAGACGCUCAAGUGGAAGUGACUGAGGGCUGGCUAACCCCCUUGCUGGGCAGCAUAACUGAAAAUAUUCUGGCCUUGGCCAUCCCAGUUCUGGAUCGGAUUGAUGAGCAAACCAUGGAGUAUCGGCGUUCCAGAGAAAAGCGAGCCAUCUUCGAUUGGAGUCUGAGUCGGCGGGAAGUUCCCCUGACCAAGGCACAAAGCCAGAGCCUUCCGAAACCCUAUGAAGUUGCUCUCAUGCGGAGUCCCGUGUUCGCCAUAACUUCUCUGUGGUUCCAAGACCUGUCUGACUUCGAUACGAACCUUCAAGGAUUUGGAGGAGCUGAGCUUGAGCUGAGUUUCAAGGUGUGGCGAAGUGGAGGUCGUGUUGUCCAAGUUCCCUGCUCGAGAGUUGGUCACUUGGAGCCGAGGGAUCAGGACUAUCUGAGACGGUUUGGAGAUCUCAAUAUACUGGGGGAGAGUAAGUCCAGGAACCUAAAACGCAUCAUAGAACUCUGGAUAGACAAUCCCAUCUUGAAGGACUUGGUCUAUCGUUACCAGCCCCAUCUUAAAAAUAAGUCUGAGGGUGACCUAAGUGAGUCUCAGAAUUCGUAUAAGGAACACGACUGCCAGUCCUUUAUGUCCUUUGUUGACGAUGUCAUGCCGGCACUUCUUCAAAUAACUCCUAGAAAUCGUACGGAUCGUGGCUCAGGUUCCAUCAGACCCUUUGUACUUGAUAAGAGUUGUCUGACGGUUAAUAGGAAAUUUCGGCUUAGUUUAGAGCCAUGUAGGGCAAAUAGUAUCCAUCAGAACUGGACUCUCACCUAUUUGAACGAUCUGCGUGUCAGAGCCGUUAUCUGCCUGGAAGUUCUACAGAAUCUGACUUUGGGAUUGAACUUCUGCCACAAUCUAGGAGGUCGCCAAGAUUGGCACUACGAUGAAGCCAGCAACUAUCUGGUUAGCAGUUCAAAGUGUCUAGAACUGAGUGAUAAUAGAGGCAUUAUUAUGACUCCUUGUAGAAAGAAUAACACCAGACAGAAAUGGGUAUUCGAACAUCCCAACCCAGAAGCCAUGGAAGGGGAUGCUUUUUAG